AUGCAAGGCUACUGUGGUGAAACCAUGAAUAAAAAUUCCUCUGCUGCAGUGCCAUCCGGUCCACUUGAAAAGGAUCCUGCCUUGCAGAUGAUUACAGUUACCAAGGAAACAGGCCUGGGUCUGAAGAUCCUCGGAGGAAUUAACCGGAAUGAAGGUCCCUUUGUGUAUAUUCAGGAAAUCAUUCCUGGCAGAGACUGUUAUAAGGAUGGACGUUUGAAGCCAGGAGAUCAACUUGUCUCAAUAAACAAGGAAUCUAUGAUUGGUGUAUCAUUUGAAGAAGCAAAAAGCAUAAUUACCCGAGCCAAGUUGAGGUCAGAACCUGCUUGGGAGAUAGCAUUCAUAAGACAAAAAUCCGAUGGCAGUCACCCAGGAAAUCCACCGUGUACACCCCUUUUACAGACCUCUGGAGAAUAUGGACCUCAAGCUUCAGCAUUUAAUCUUCUUUCUUCUCCUGAAAUACCAAUUCCAAGGACCUCCUCUACCCCCAAAACUAUAGAUGCUGUUUUACCUUCUUUGAAGGGAAAUCAGUUAAAAACGGGAUACAAGAAAAUAGAACAGACUUCAAUUGCUUCUUUGGACCACAGCCCUACGGAUAUGUCUAAUACAGAUGCUGCCCCUGUCCGGCCUGAUAAUGAUGGACCACAAGGAAAGAAGGUCUCUCUCAAUCCCUCCGUUCGCCUUAAGGCAGAGAAACUGGAAAUGGCUCUAAAUUAUCUUGGUAUUCAGCCCACAAAGGAACAACACCAAGCCCUGAGACAGCAAGUGGCAGUAGACCCACAGGGGACAGUGUCUUUUGGAGAUUUUGUCCAGGUUGCCCGAAACUUGUUUUGCUUGCAGUUGGAUGAAGUAAAUGUUGGUGCGCGUGAAAUGUCCAGCAUAUUAGACUCACAGUUUAUUGCCUGUGAUUCCUUAGAAGCAGAUGAAGUGGAAAGGCUUAAGCGUGAAAGAAAUGAUGCCUUAGAAGAAGUGAAUGCACUUAAGGAAAAAUUAUUUGAAUCAGAAAGGCAAAGGAAACAAUUGACAGAAGAACUCCAGAAUGUGAAACAAGAAGCCAAAGCGGUCAUUGAAGAAACCAGAGCCCUGCGCAGCCGGAUUCACCUCGCCGAAGCGGCGCAGAGGCAGGCGCGCGGCAUGGAAACGGACUACGAAGAAGUGAUCCGCCUGCUCGAGGCCGAGAUCACGGAGCUGAAGGCUCAGCUUGCUGAUUAUUCUGACCAAAAUAAAGGAAGUGUUCAGGAGUUAAGAAAGAGAAUCACGGUGCUUGACUGCCAAUUGAGGAAAUCAGAAGUGGCUCGAAAAACCUUCGAGGCAUCCACUGAAAAGCUACUUCAUUUUGUAGAGGCUAUUCAAGAAGUAUUUUCUGAUAAUUAUGCUCCAUUAUCAACUUUAAGUGAAAGAAGAGCCUUGUUAGCCUCUCAGACUUCCCUCACAUCGCUGGGCAGGAAUGGCCGCAACAUCCCAGCCUCGCUGGCCCUGGAGUCUAAGGAACUCGUUAGAUCCGUUCGUGCCGUACUCGAUAUGGACUGUCUACCUUAUGGGUGGGAGGAAGCUUACACAGCAGAUGGAAUCAAGUACUUCAUCAAUCACGUAACACAGACCACGUCCUGGAUCCACCCCGUGGUGAGCGCGCUGAGCCUGCCCUGCUCCGAGGAGAACGAGGAGGACGGCCCCCAGGAGCUCCCGGACCAGAAGAGCGGAGGGUUUUCUGCAGGAAGCUGA